GGGCAUCCCUUCUUUCCUCCCAUCAUGGCCCUGUACCGCGUGCGUGUGACCACCGGUCCCUACCUGAUGGCUGGCACACUGGACAACAUUUUUGUCACACUGGUGGGCACAUGUGGUGAAAGCCCCAAGCAGCGACUGGAUCGCAUGGGCAGGGACUUUGCCUCUGGAUCGGUGCAGAAGUACAAGGUGCGCUGCUCAGAGGAGCUGGGUGAGCUCCUGCUGCUGCGGCUCCACAAGGAGCGCUAUGCGUUCUUCCCCCAAGACUCCUGGUACUGCAGCUGCAUCUGCGUCACUGCCCCCGAUGGCACCCUUUCCCACUUCCCCUGCUACCAGUGGAUGGAGGGCUACUGCACCAUCGAGCUUCGACCAGGAACAGCAAGAACUAUUUGUCAGGACUCCCUUCCCCUCCUUCUGGAUCACAGGAAACGGGAACUCCAGGCCCGACAGGAAUGCUACCGCUGGAAAGUCUACGCCCCUGGCUUCCCCUGCAUUAUAGAUGUCAGCAGCUUUGAGGAGAUGGAGUCAGAUAAGAAAUUUGCCUUGACCAAGACAGCGCCUUGUGCAGACCCAGGUGACAGCAGUGGGAAUCGGUACCUGCCUGGCUUCCCCAUGAAAAUUGACAUCCCUUCCUUGCUGCACAUGGAGCCCAAUAUUCGCUACUCCGCCACCAAGACGACCUCGCUGCUCUUCAACGCCAUCCCCGUGUCCUUGGGCAUGAAGCUUCGAGGGUUGCUGGACCGCAAGGGUUCCUGGAAGAAGCUGGAUGACAUCCGGAAUAUCAUGCAUUGCCACAAGACCCUCACUUCAGAGUACGUCAGAGAGCACUGGUGUGAAGAUCAGUUCUUCGGGUACCAGUACCUGAACGGUGUCAACCCUGUCAUGCUCCAUUGUCUCUCCAGCUUGCCCAGCAAGCUGCCUAUCACCAAUGACAUGGUGGCUCCCUCACUGGGACCAGGCACCUGCCUGCAGACAGAGUUAGAGAGGGGCAACAUCUUCCUAGCGGACUAUUGGAUCCUGGCGGAGGUCCCGGUCCACUGCAUAAACGGCCGCCCCCAGUACGUGGCCGCCCCGCUCUGCCUGUUGUGGCUCAACCCCCGGGGGGCGCUGGUGCCCUUGGCCAUCCAGCUCUGCCAGACCCCUGGGCCCAACAGCCCCAUCUUCCUGCCCACUGACACCUACUGGGACUGGCUGCUGGCGAAGACGUGGGUGCGCAACUCUGAGUUCCUGGUGCACGAGAACAACACGCACUUUUUGUGCACACAUUUGCUGUGCGAGGCCUUCGCCAUGGCCACGCUGCGUCAGCUGCCGCUCUGCCAUCCUAUCUACAAGCUUCUGCUUCCCCACACUCGCUACACGUUGCAGGUGAACACCAUCGCCCGUGCUACGCUGCUCAACCCUGAGGGCCUUGUGGACAAGGUCACGUCCAUUGGGAGGCAGGGCCUCCUCUACCUCAUGAGCACCGGUCUGGCCCAUUUCACCUACACUAAUUUCUGCCUUCCGGACAGCCUGCGGGCCCGCGGUGUCCUGGAUAUCCCCAACUACCAUUACCGAGAUGACGGCUUGAAGAUCUGGGCGGCCAUUGAGAGCUUCGUCUCAGAAAUCGUGGGCUACUAUUAUACCAGUGACGCGUCUGUGCAGCAGGAUUCAGAGCUGCAGGCCUGGGUCGGAGAGAUUUUUGCUCAGGCAUUUCUGGGCCGGGAAAGCUCAGGCUUCCCACGCCAGCUGUGCACCCAGGGAGAGCUGGUGAAAUUCCUCACUGCAAUCAUCUUCAACUGCUCUGCCCAACAUGCCGCUGUCAACAGUGGGCAGCAUGACUUUGGGGCCUGGAUGCCCAAUGCCCCGUCAUCCAUGAGGCAGCCCCCACCACAGACCAAGGGGACCACCACCCUGAAGAGUUACCUGGACACCCUCCCGGAAGUGAAUACCACUUGUAAUAAUAUUCUCCUCUUUUGGUUGGUCAGCCAAGAGCCCAAGGAUCAGAGGCCCCUGGGCACCUACCCGGACGAGCACUUUACAGAGGAGGCCCCGCGCCGGAGCAUCGCUGUCUUCCAGAACCGCCUGGCUCAGAUCUCGCGAGACAUCCAGGAGCGGAACCGGGGCCUGGCGCUGCCCUACGCCUACCUAGACCCUCCCCUCAUUGAGAACAGCGUUUCCAUUUAG